AUGGCGUUCGGUGUAGUCGAUUAUGUUGUGUUUGGAAUAAUGUUGGCAAUGUCUGCUUCGAUAGGCAUUUACUACAGAUUUACCGGCGGUAAACAGAAAACCACACAGGAAUACAUGCUGGGUAACAAAAAUCAAGGUAUUGUACCAGUCGCAUUUUCGUUGAUGGCCAGUUUUAUGUCUGCUAUAACGUUAUUUGGCGUGAGUGCGGAAAACUAUUAUCAUGGUACACAGUUUGUCGCCAUUAAUAUAUCUUAUGUCUUGGGAACUCCAAUCAUUGCAUAUGUAUUUUUACCUGUAUUCUUCAAACUUGGAAAUUUAUCAGUUUAUGAAUACUUAGAAAAAAGAUUUGGUCGAUGGACAAGGACCGUUACAUCUAUAGCAUUUAGCGUGCAAAUGAUACUUUAUAUGGGAAUAGUUUUAUAUGCACCGUCAUUGGCUUUUGGAGCCAUAACUGGAUUAUCAAUAACCUCUUCUAUUGCACUAGUGGGUUUAGUAUGUAUAUUCUAUUCAACAAUUGGAGGAAUUAAAGCAGUCAUUAUUACAGACGUAUUUCAAUCAUUACUUAUGUUUGCUUCAAUAUUUGCUGUAAUUGGAGUUGCUAUGUAUGAAACUGGUGGAAUAUCACAAAUUUGGAAGAUUGCUGAUAAAUAUGGACGAAUUGAAUUUAAUAAUUUUAAUAUAGAUCCUACAGAAAGACAUAGUUGGUUUAGUCUGGUGAUUGGUGGUAUGUUUACCUAUGUUUCAUUGUAUGCAAUUAAUCAAACACAAGUACAAAGGUAUUUAACCAUGAAAGACUACAAUACAGCUGUGAAAUCUUUAUGGUGUAGCUUACCCCUUUUGUCAUUGCUAUCUAUUUCAACAAGUUUUUCUGGGUUGGCAAUGUUUUCAAAGUACUAUGACUGUGAUCCAAUCAAGUCAAAGCGUAUAUCAAGCGGGGAUCAACUGAUGCCUUUGUAUGUAUCGGAUACUAUGGGAUCAAUUCCAGGAUUAACUGGAUUAUUUGUUGCUGGUAUAUUCUCAGCUGCAUUAAGUUCUGUUUCACCGGUGCUUAACUCUUUAGCUGCAGUUACAAUGGAAGAUUAUCUUAAGCCUUUUAUGAAACAAGAUAUUUCUGAUAAAAAACGAGUAUUUUAUAUGAAAUUAUUAGUCCUUGCCUAUGGUGCAAUUUGUUUGCUAUUAGCUUUUUUGAGUCAAUAUUUGGGUUCAAUACUACAAACUUCAUUGGUCAUAUUUGGAGUGAUUGGUGGACCAGUAUUAGCAGUAUUUACACUGGGAAUAUUAUUACCUCAUGUUAACCAAAAAGGUUCAUUGACUGGCCUUGUGAUUGGUUUGAUAUUUUCAUUUUCAAUUGGUUUUGGUAGACCUGCAGCCAAAAAUUUGCCCACAUACAUAAAUUCAUGCCCUGCAGUGCUAAAUCAAACCAUCCAACAAUCUCUGUUGUUACAUAAUGAGUUAUCAAAUGAUGAUUACUAUUAUUUGCAUCGCAUUAGUUACAUGUAUUGUAUAGUUCUUGGAUUUAUGGUAACAUUAUUAGUUGCACUUGUGGUUAGUUCAAUUUUCAAAGAAGAACAUUGUGAUAAUCCAGAUUUGUUUACACCAUUUGUUGCCAAACGAUUAAGGAAGAGUGGAUUAUUGUUAAAAAAAAAAUUUGGCGAAAUGGAUAUAAGAAGUCCAGAUGAGUUAAACCAAAUAUUAAGUUAA